AUGCUGAUACCCAUUCGAAAUAUGGAUGACCAAGAUUAUGUCUUGUUCUCUGACGUCCAAGCUUUUGUUCCAAAUGCUACAGCUCUCUUAUCCAAUGGCAAAAUGUUACCUUUUGAAAUAGAUCCUAUUUCACAUUUGGAACUCUCUCCAAAACGUAUUCUUGUAUACGAUGUAGAAUCUGUUUGGCAAGUACAUAUACCUUCACACAUGACUAAUCAAUUCUCUUCUACCUCUCAAAGAACCUUGGAUCUAGAACAGAAAUUGGAUCAACUUGUACAACGCCUGGAUCAACUUAUUCAUAUCAAUACAAUGGUUUUGGAUGAACAUACAUCUUUGUCUUCUCAACUACAAAUGUUUUACAAUAAUCCCCAACUUGGCAAUGAAUCUAACAUCACCAAUACUGAUUCGCUGAUUGAUACUAAUCAUACCGUGGAAAAUGAUACGCAACAACAACAACAACAACAACAACAACAACAACAACAGAAAAGACAUCAGCGAUCAUCUUUACAUGCCAACGAAAGUAUAACAGCAAGGAUACCAUCUUCAAUAUUGACCACACCACGAUCAGCUAUAGCACCACCACCAUCCUAUGAAACAUCUAUUUUUGGCACGAUCAAGUCUCUUACACAACAUAUUCGAUUAUUUGAAGAGCACAUUCCUCAUCGACACAAAUCACCACGUUGGUUAGCUCGAAGAGGUGAAUGGGUUGCCUAUGAACCAAGUACGAUUGAACAAGUGGCUUAUCAACUGGUACAAUUGGAGAUGGCUUUACUUUGGACAGCUGUGACUGAAUCUUGGAUCCAGGAAAGAGAAUCAUGGUUAACUUUAGUAGCAAGCGCAAGAACUGAACGUCAUUUGGCCGGUGCUUUAGUGAAUCUUGAACGACAUACUUUGGUGAUGGAUGAUAUUUGGCAAGAGGUACGGGAUGAUUGGACAAGUGAAUUAUUGGAAGUCAUUGUUAGUGUUGGUUUUUAG